AUGAACCGCCAAUUCACCUGCAAGUCCGGAGCUGCCACCAAGGGAGGCUUCAGUGGCUGCUCGGCCGUGGUCUCAGGGGGCAGCUCGUCCUCCUACCGGGCAGGGGGCAAAGGGCUCGGUGGGGGCUUUGGCAGUCGGAGCCUCUACAGCCUGGGGUGCGGCCGGAGCAUCUCCCUCAACAUGGCCAGUGGCAGUGGGAAGACUGGAGGUUAUGGAUUUGGCCGGGGCCGGGCCAGUGGCUUUGCUGGCAGCCUGUUUGGCAGUGUGGCCCUGGGGCCCGUGUGUCCGUCCGUGUGCCCACCUGGAGGCAUCUAUCAGGUCACUGUCAACGAGAGCCUGCUGGCCCCCCUCAACGUGGAGCUGGACCCCGAGAUCCAGAAGGUGCGCGCCCAGGAGCGGGAGCAGAUCAAGGCUCUGAACAACAAGUUUGCCUCCUUCAUCGACAAGGUGCGGUUCCUGGAGCAGCAGAACAAGGUGCUGGAGACCAAGUGGAACUUGCUGCAACAGCUGGACCUGAACAACUGCAAGAACAACCUGGAGCCCAUCCUUGAGGGCUACAUCAGCAACCUGCAGAAGCAGCUGGAAACACUGUCCGGGGACAAGGUGCGGCUGGAUUCAGACCUGAGGAAUGUGCGGGACGUGGUAGAGGACUACAAGAAGAGGUAUGAGGAGGAGAUCAACAGGCGGACGGCUGCAGAGAAUGAAUUUGUGCUGCUCAAGAAGGAUGUGGAUGCGGCUUAUUUCAAUAAGGUGGAGCUGCAAGCCAAGGUGGACUCCAUGAACCAGGAAAUCCAGUUCCUCAGGAGUCUCUUUGAAGCUGAGAUCGCCCAGAUCCAGUCCCACAUCAGUGACAUGUCCGUCAUCCUGUCCAUGGACAACAACAGGGACCUGAACCUGGACAGCAUCAUCGAUGAGAUCCGUGCCCAUUACGAGGAGAUCGCCCUGAAGAGCAAAGCCGAGGCCGAGGCCCUGUACCAGACCAAGUUCCAGGAACUGCAGCUGGCCGCUGGCCGACAUGGGGACGACCUCAAAAACACCAAGAAUGAAAUCUCGGAGCUCACUCGGCUCAUCCAGAGAAUCCGUUCGGAGAUUGAGAAUGUGAAGAAGCAGGCUUCCAACCUGGAGACAUCUAUUGCCGAUGCCGAGCAGCGGGGUGACAAUGCCCUCAAGGAUGCCCGGGCCAAGCUGGUCGAGCUGGAGGGCGCCCUGUACCAGGCCAAGGAGGAGCUGGCCGGGAUGCUGCGCGAGUACCAGGAGCUCAUGAACCUGAAGCUGGCCCUGGACAUGGAGAUCGCCAUGUACCGCAAGAUGCUGGAGGGCGAGGAGUGCAGGAUGUCAGGAGAAUAUUCCUCCCCUGUCAGCAUCUCUGUGCUGAGUGGGGGUUCACCCGGUUCUCGCCCUGCAGCCAUCAUCAGCAGCACCAGCGGCAGCAGCGGCUUCCGGCCCAGCUCGGUCAGCGGCGGCUACGUGGCCAACAGCAGCAGCUGCAUCUCUGGAGUGUGCAGCGUCCGCGGAGGGGAGGGCCGGAGCCGGGGCAGUGCCGGCGAUUACAAGGAUGCGCUGGGGAAGGGCUCCAGCCCAAGCACCCCCUCCAAGAAAGCCAGCCGGUAG